CUCGUGCCAGGUCUGUGUGCGUGCGCGAGACCUCUUGGACUGAUUCGGCUAGUUUAAGCGCGUAAUACAGGCUCGGGUCGACGGCACAUAGUGUCAUGAAGAGAAGCGCGUGUUAACGCAUAUAGACGGGGAAAGCCCGUUUAUGGAUACUGACGACUGGAGAACACACUUAGUCUAGUUCGUUAUUUCAAGUGAUUGCCUUACAGCAUUAGGGACAACUUAUCUCACAGUCUAUAUCCUAUUUAUGGGGUAAAUUCUGUAAGUUUUUCAAGUGCCGCCGGUAGUUGUGCGUAAUGGGUUGGCAUUUCUGUCGCUCUGUAUCCGCGUUUUCGCGGUGCGGGGAACGAGGCGGUUGACGCGCAAAAUCGUUUACAAUAGUUACAUGAAUUUUGUGACUGGAUAUUUUGUCUCGGUCUCUUUUCUUUAGUAACUGUCACCGACUUACGUGCACAACUGGAUACAAAAAUGACUUUUAAAAGAUUUUUCUUCAUGUUUGCUUUACCGGGAUUGGUUUUGUCGGACCCCGGCCAUUCAACCCAAGUGGUUCUCUUGGACACUACAGCUGUGCUGGGAGAACUAAGCUGGAAGACCUACCCAAUAAAUGGGUGGGAUGCCAUCACGGAGAUGGAUGAGCAUAACCGUCCCAUCCACACCUUCCAGGUGUGCCACGUAAUGGAACCCAACCAGAACAACUGGCUUCGUACAAACUGGAUACCCCGUCAGGCUGCACAGAAGAUCUAUGUGGAGCUUCGCUUCACCCUGCGGGACUGCAACAGCAUUCCCUGGGUCUCUGGCACUUGUAAGGAGACUUUUAACCUCCUCUACUUUGAGACAGAUGAGCCGCAUGGUGCCAAUGCUCAUUUUCAUCCCAACGACUACGCCAAAAUCGAUACUAUUGCUGCCGAUGAGAGUUUCACACAGACAGACCUGGGCGACCGUGUUCUGAGGCUGAAUACCGAAGUGCGGGAAGUGGGUCCAGUAGCUCGUAAGGGUUUCUACUUGGCCUUCCAGGACGUGGGUGCAUGUAUCGCCCUGCUGUCUGUGAGAGUUUAUUACAAAAAGUGCCCUUCUACCCUGAGAAACCUUGCCGCAUUCCCUGACACUGUACCGCGGGUGGAUUCGUCUUCAUUGGUGGAGGUCAGGGGAGCGUGUGUUGAGAACGCUGAGGAACGGGACACACCUAGGCUGUACUGUGGAGCUGAUUGUAUGUGA